UUGGUCCCACGUGCUGUUUCAGGAGAGAGGAGACCAGGGGGAGAUGAGAUGACUAGACUGACUGACCAAGGAUACAUAACCAGCAUAGUUGCCAGCUAGGCAAUCACUUUGGACUAGCUAUUCAGCAGCAUCACUUGUGAUCUCAAUUCCGACGGAAGCCUACAUCUUAUUGGAAGUCAGUCUGGGUUUGUUUGUAAUUUGCAAGAUACUAGUCUUGCGUUUUUACUAAUUUUCUCAACACGUUCCUGAGACUAGACUGAGCCAGUAAGCUAAGAGUUAGCUAGCAUUGUACACAGCUGUGAAGUUCUUAUCAGCUAGCAACUGAAAACGACCAACGUGUAUUUCCAGAGAGUAGGAAAAGCAUGGCAGACUACUUGAUCAGCGGAGGAACUGGCUACGUCCCAGAAGAUGGUCUUUCGGCUCAGCAGUUAUUCUCCAUCGGAGACGGUCUCACGUACAAUGACUUUCUGAUCCUGCCUGGCUUCAUUGACUUCAGCUCAGACGAAGUGGACCUGACCUCUGCCCUGACCAGAAAGAUCACCAUCAAGACCCCCCUCAUCUCCUCCCCCAUGGACACGGUCACAGAGUCGGCUAUGGCCAUCGCCAUGGCGCUGAUGGGAGGCAUUGGGAUGAUCCAUCACAACUGCACCCCAGAGUUCCAGGCCAACGAGGUCCGCAAAGUCAAGCGGUUCGAGCAGGGCUUCAUCACAGACCCCCUGGUGAUGAACCCUCGCCACACGGUGGGAGACGUGAUUGAGGCCAAGCAGCGACACGGCUUCUCUGGGAUCCCAGUGACCGAGACGGGCAAGAUGGGCGGGAAGCUGGUGGGCAUCGUCACCUCCAGAGACAUCGACUUCCUGUCAGAGAAGGACCACAGCCGCCCGCUGGAGGAGGUGGGGGCAAUGACCAAGAGGGAGGAGCUAGUGGUGGCUCCGGCUGGGGUCACCUUGAAGGAGGCCAACGACAUCCUGCAGAGGAGCAAAAAAGGGAAGCUCCCCAUCGUGAACGACAGUGACGAGCUGGUGGCCAUCAUCGCCCGGACGGACUUGAAGAAGAACCGGGACUACCCCCUGGCCUCCAAGGACUCCCGCAAGCAGCUGCUCUGUGGCGCUGCCAUCGGCACACGGGAGGACGACAAGUACCGACUGGACCUGCUGGUGCAGGCUGGGGUGGACGUGGUGGUGCUGGACUCCUCCCAGGGGAACUCUGUGUAUCAGAUCAACAUGAUCAACUACAUCAAGCAGAAACACCCAGAGCUACAGGUGGUGGGAGGAAACGUGGUGACUGCAGCCCAGGCUAAGAACCUGAUUGAUGCGGGCGUGGACGCCCUCAGGGUGGGCAUGGGAUGUGGCUCCAUCUGCAUCACCCAGGAAGUCAUGGCAUGUGGGCGACCCCAGGGCACCUCCGUCUACAAGGUGGCUGAGUACGCCAGGCGGUUCGGGGUGCCCGUGAUCGCCGACGGGGGGAUUCAGACCGUGGGCCACGUGGUGAAGGCCCUGUCUCUGGGGGCAUCCACAGUGAUGAUGGGCUCGUUGCUAGCGGCGACCACGGAGGCUCCCGGAGAGUACUUCUUCUCUGACGGCGUGCGACUGAAGAAGUACCGCGGUAUGGGCUCCCUGGACGCCAUGGAGACCAGCACCAGCAGCCAGAAACGCUACUUCAGUGAGGGGGACAACGUUAAGGUGGCCCAGGGGGUGUCCGGCUCGGUGCAGGACAAGGGAUCCAUCCACAAGUUUGUCCCCUACCUGAUCGCAGGGAUCCAGCAUGGCUGCCAGGACAUCGGAGCCAAGAGCCUGUCUGUGCUGCGCUCCAUGAUGUACUCUGGAGAGCUCAAGUUUGAGAAGAGGACCAUGUCUGCUCAGGUGGAGGGAGGAGUCCACGGGCUCCACUCUUAUGAGAAGCGGCUCUACUAGAGGACGAGGCAGGACCAGGAGUGCCCCCGACGUCCCAUCCCCCGCCGUGACCAAACGCAGCCGCCACAUCUGAUCACACACACCUCACACACACCACACACUCAGCUCCCCGGACGGCCCCUCCUCCCCACUCUCCAUCCAGGGUGU